AUGGAAGAUUUCAACAUUAACAGCAGCUCACAGAACCAAAGCUACGAUUACAGCAACACCACCUCCAAAUACCACAUUGACCCUGUAGAAGUGGUGACAUGCAUAAUUAUUGCUGUCGGCCUUCCUCUGACCAUGGUGGCCAUCUAUUCUCUUUAUUCUAUGGUGAGAAGAGAUCAAGUUGCUCCCAUCUACGUCAUCAACCUCCUCAUUACUGACUUGAUUCAGUUCUGCUACAUGAUCGUUGAGGUGGCACCACCUGAGAAUCCAAAGAUUAUAUUCCGAAACAUCUACCUCUCUGCUCUGAUGGCCAGUAUUUGCUUCAUGGUCUGCAUCUCCCUGGAAAGGUAUUUGGUCAUCGCCCACCCACUGUGGUACCGCUUCAGACGAACCAUCAAGACCUCUGUGGUGGUCUGUGUCCUGGUCUGGGUCCUUUCUCCUGUCUGUGUUGUCUGUUUCUAUUUCACUGAUGUCAGAUACAUACUCUUCAUCAUCAUCCUCCUCCUUCCCUUCCCUCUGUUAAUAUUCUCCCUGGUUGGGACCCUCAAAGCCCUGUCUGCUUCCAUCUCGGUCCCCUCUGAUGAAAAACGACGAAUUGUGGGAAUUUUGGUUCUGGUGCUGCUUAUUUACACUCUGCUGUUCCUGCCCAGCAUCAUUUUGUUGCUGGAAGAACACUAUGACCUGACCCUUGACCUCCUGUCUACCAUCUUCCUCAGUCUGAGUCCUCUUGCAGACUCAGUCCUGUAUGUCUUCAUGAGGAAAGGGUUCAUAGACAAGCUUUUGGCCUCUGUGUGUUGCUGCAGAAUGGACAGCAAUGAUAUCAGCAGUCCAUCAGUAUGA